GGAUUUCCCUCUGGAGUCUCCCCGGAUCCGCUGGAGGUGAACGGGAGAGGCUGGAGAUGGGAAAAGGCUCCUGAAACGUGGAUUUCCCUUUGGAUCCUGGGGAAAUCUGGGAUGCUGGGAAGUGCUAAUGGAUUUCAUGGAGCGUGGGGGAUUGGAGGAAUUUUGGAGGGCUGGGAAAGGAGGGAAUGGGAAUGGGAGAUGAUCCCUGCUCGGGUUUCUGGGAAAAAGGAAUCCCCAGGAAUGCUCCCAUGGGCCCCAUGAUUAUCCCAGGAACUGGGCUCGGCAGCUCCAUGGAAAUUUGGGAUUCCAUGGAACGCAGCUGAUCCCUGCAGGAUCCAGCUUUGGGAUGCUCCGUGCCGGGAGCUCCCCGGAACGAGGCUGGGAGAUCCCAAAAAGGGAUUGUUGGGAUUUAGGGAUCGCUCCGGAACCAUGGGAGCGGCGGCGGACGCGGAGUGGCUGCGCUGGGUGAGCAAAAAAUUUGGGAAUGUCGCUGGGAAGGAGAAGGAGAUCAGUCUGGAAGAGUUCAAAUCCGCCCUGCAGGUCAAGGAGUCCUUCUUUGCCGAGAGGUUUUUCGCGCUCUUCGAUUCCGACGGGAGCGGCUCCCUGAGCCGGGAGGAGCUGCUGGGAUCCCUGCGCCGGCUGCUCCACGGGAAUUCCACGGAAAAGCUCCGCUUCCUCUUCCAGGUGUACGACGUGGACGGGAGCGGCUCCAUCGAUGCCGAGGAGCUGCGGGUGGUGCUCCGGGGGUGUCUCCGGGAGAGCUCCCUGGCCCUUCCCGAGGAGCGGCUGGGGGCCCUGAGCCAGGCCCUGCUCCAGGCCCUCGACCGGGAUCACAGCGGCUCCAUCACCUUCCCGGAGCUGCGGGAGCAGCUGGAAGCCUUUCCGGAGCUCCUGGAGAACCUGAGCAUCAGCGCUGCCAGCUGGCUGAAGCCCCCCAGUCCCAAUCCUGCUGAGCCCUGGCUGUGCUGCUGCUCCCGGGAAUCCCGCGGGGACCGGCGGGCCGGGAUGCGCUGCUUUUCCCGGGAAUCCCGCGGGGAUCAGCGGGCCGGGAUGCGCUGCUUUUCCCGGGAAUGCCGCGGGGACGGGCGGGCCGGGAUGCGCUGCCUGGGCGGCUGGGCGGCCAGCUCGGCGCUCCUGCUCGCCCUGGGCGCGCUGUGGCACCGGGAGCGCGGCCCCGCCCUGGCGCUGGCCCGGGGCUGCGGGCAGAGCCUCAACCUCAACUGCGCCCUGCUGGCCGCGCUGAUGCUGCGGCGCUCCCUGACCUGGCUGCGCUCCACGCCGCUGGCGGAGCUGUUCCCGCUGGAGCUGCACGUGCGGGGCCACGAGCGCGUGGGACACCUGGUGCUGGCCCUGGGGACCGUGCACGCGGGGGCACACCUGGCACAGGCCGGCGCGGCGCAGCGGGACUGGCUCCGUGCCCUGGGCGAGUACGCGGCGGGCACGGCCCCGCAGAGCGGGCUGGCGCUGCUGGCGCUGCUCCUGGCCAUGCUCGCCUGCUCCAGCCCCUGCGUGCGGCGCGGCGGCCACUUCGAGGUUUUUUACUGGAGCCACCUCUCCUACAUCCCUGUGUGGUUCCUGCUGCUCCUGCACGGUCCCCACUUCUGGAAGUGGUUCCUGAUUCCCGGCUCCCUGUUUGUGCUGGAGAAGGUUCUGGGCUGGGCGUGGCGCCGGGCGGGGGAUCUGCACAUCCUGGAGGCCAAGCUGCUGCCCUCCAAGGUGACGCACCUGGUGAUCCAGAGGCCGAAAUCCUUCCGCUUCCAGCCGGGGGAUUACGUCUACCUGAACGUCCCGGCCAUCGCCGCCUACGAGUGGCACCCCUUCUCCAUCAGCAGCGCCCCGGAGCAGCCAGGAACCCUCUGGCUGCACAUCCGGGCGCGGGGCCAAUGGACCACCAGGCUCUACGAGUACUUCCAGCAGCUGGAAUUGCACGGCCCGGAGUCGGAUCCGCCCGGGAAGAGCCGGAGGGAGCGGAGGAGCCGGCGCUGGGAACAGGAAGGAUCCGUGGCCUCUGGCAGGGAUGGAGCCGUGGAGCUGACGGCGUUCCGAGCCUCCGGAGCCGCUUUCCCGGGAAAGGACCCGGAGCAGGGGGGCGCUGGGCCCGGGGAGAGCCAGUGGAGCUGCAGCGUCAAGGUGAGGAUGUUCCCAGCUUUCCUGGAUCCCGGGAAAUGGGCUGGGAUCAGCAUUCCCACCAUCCCAUCCCUGUAUCCCUGUGCCUGGGUGAUCCCACCUGAGGCUGAUCCAAACCCUGCCCUGCUGGAAAACUCCAGUCCUUCCCACCCGUUCCUUGCUCCCACAAAACCCCGGGGAAGAUCCCAAAUUCCAGGAUCCCCUUUGCGCCCUUCUCCUCCAACCGGGAGCUGCUCCAGCCCCUGGAACUCCUGGAUGUUUCCGUGCCUGGAUGUGUCCGUGAGUCUGGAUGUGUCCGUGAGUCUGGCUCUCUCCCAGUGCUUCCUGGACGGUCCCUACGGAACUCCGAGCCGGCGGAUCUUCACCUCGGAGCACGCCGUCCUCAUCGGAGCCGGCAUCGGGAUCACCCCCUUCGCCUCCAUCCUGCAGAGCAUCAUGAUCCGGUACCGGCGGCGGAAGCAGAGCUGCCCCAGCUGCCAUUUCUCCUGGAGCGAGGAACGGCCGGAUGAGGAGAUGACGCUCCGCAAGGUGGAUUUCAUCUGGAUCAUGCGGGACCAGCAGCACCUGCAGUGGUUCCUGGGCCUCCUGGCCAAGCUGGAGACGGAGCAGGAGGAGCUGGAGCCGGGAGGGAGGUUCCUGGAGCUGCAGCUGUACAUGACCUCGGCGCUGGGCGAGGGCGACGUGCGGGCGCUGGGGCUGCAGCUGGCGCUGGAGCUGCUGGCGGCGCGGGAGCAGCGCGACUCCAUCUCCGGGCUGCGCGGCCGCACCCGGCCCGGCCGCCCCGACUGGGAACAGGUGUUCGGGAAGGUGGCGGCGGAGCGGCGCGGGAAGGUCGGGGUGUUCUUCUGCGGCUCCGCGGCGCUGGCCAGGGUCAUCCGCGGGCACUGCCGCAGCUUCGGCUUCCGCUUCUCCAAGGAGAACUUCUGAGCGGAGCCGAGCCCGGAGCC